UGUCUGAAGAUUGCACAGCCCAAAAUCCAAAACAACGCAGCGGUAAAUAAGCUCGAAUUGGUGUCCAUUUCAUUCAAGUGCUGCGCUUUCACAAACGCACACAAGCAGCGACACUCUCUUUUCUCAAUCAGCGCCAAUCCCAAUACAAGAAGUCAGUUUUUCUCUUCGAAUUUUUCUCCUUUUGUCAGAUCCGAGCUGCACAGUUCAGAUUUGGUGCUGUUUCGCUUAUGGCUGACCUCUGUUGCAUUCGUUCUACUGUGUGGAUACGGUAUGUGCAGAUUAUAUGAUUGGUGUCUAUUGAUUUUUGAGUGAUCUUGAGAUGAGCCGGUCGCCAUCAUUUUCUCUCAAGUCGGAGCCUGCACCGGAAGUUGAUGAAAGAUCUUUGCAGCAAUGGGUGGCUGCAUUUUGCAUCAUCAGGUUUGAUCUUGAGCAGGGUCAGCUGAUUGAAGAGUGUUAUCCUCCUGGCUGUCUUACCCAAAGUGAGGAGCUUGAAGUCUCUUUUAAUUCAUUUCCGGAUUCAGUUUCACAGCAUCAUAAUCGCUCAAGCAUCCAUGAUUGUAUAUUCUUUUUCCGCACAAAAAGAGAGAGAAACCUUCAAGCUUCGAGUGUGGCAUCAACAGAGAUCGUUGAAGUAGUGGAUAAUAAAUUAUCUCCCCAGAAGCCAAUAGGUAAAAGUCAGAUCAGCUAUGACUCCCGAUUCUUGUAUGGCUUUGUGUUUAAUAGGCAGAGGCAUGAUGAGAGACUAAAGCGUGGAGGCGAGCAAAAAUCUGUGGUUAUUCUUUCAUACAGUCCAUACACGAGUGUGUUUAGACCUUUAUUACAAAUUUUGGGGCCAUUGUACUUUGACAUUGGAAGCAAGGCACUUAAUUACAUUGCUGCUUAUGUAUCAAAGUGGCCUACACCCGUGCCGGGUCAACAGAUGGAGCUUCCUAUUGGGAAUGCAUCGCUAAAAGUGAAUCUGCCACCUUCUCAUUGUUUGCCAUCAAAUAGUGGACUUUUCGAAGACUCUGCUUCCUCACUUGCUCCUCUUCUCCCCUCAAAUCUAUCAGUUCCUCAGGGCCUAUUUCAUGACUCAGAUCUUUUUGGUACAUUUCGUGGACUCUUAUUGCAACUUUGGAAGCUGUGGGAACUCCUGCUUUUGGGGGAACCCAUCUUGAUAAUAGCACCAACACCUCCGCAAUGUUCUGAAGCUGUUUCUGGUCUAGUUAGUUUGGUUGCCCCACUUCUUUUGAGUGUUGAUUUCAGACCUUACUUUACUAUUCACGACCCGGAGUUUGCCAGUUUGAACUCUCUUCCUCAGGGUUCCUCUUUUCCUCCAAUGAUUCUAGGCGUGACAAACCUUUUCUUCUUAAAGGCACUUCGUAUUAUGCCUCACAUUAUUUCAGUUGGAAAUCCCGCUUCAAAUUCUACCCGCCAUCCUUUUGGUUCUAAAACUGCUGCAGGAACUCCGCCUGGUCAAAAUGUUGCUUUAAAGAGAUUUACUCCUGCAAACUUCUUGAAUGCUGUGAAGUUGAAGAGAGAUGGUCCUCUGUGUCUAAUGACUGAGCAUAAAGAAGCUGUAUGGACGAAUUAUGCUGGACUGACAAAGCCGGAUACAUCUAUCCUGAAUAGACUUAUUGAUGCAGGACUGUCUCCCAGGGUUGAGGAGUCGAUGUCAGUUGUCAACAAUGAUAUACUACGUCGCCAUUUUUUGGAGUUGACGACUAACUUCUUGGCUCCUUUUGGUCCAUAUUUUAGACCAACUACACCUUCUGAAACAUCGUCUCCAUUUUCCGAUCCCCCUCCUCUACCCACAUUCAAUGCUGAGGAGUUCCUAGAGAGUUUGUCUGCAAGAGGUCCAGGAAAGUUUUUGUUGAAGCGGAUGAAGUCAAAUUGGCUGGAUCUCUACAGGCAGUUUCUGAAAGGAUAUAACUUUCUCCCAUGGUUCCGAAGAAAGCGUGCUGUUGCUGAGCAAGAACAAUAUAAAUUGUGGAGGCAAGCUAGAGUAAAGACCAAUAUACACCAGUUGAUAAGUAGAAUGUCAGAAUUGGAAAUUGUUGAUUCCUUCAAUGCAAUUGAGAGGCACCUUCUCGGAGAAAUGCAGUAUGGAAGAGUAAAUGAAGAUUCUGAAGCAGUCUGUAACAAGUUAAAGAAAGAUCUGAAAAUAGUGUUCAAUAUGCUGCCAAAAGACAUACAACAGCUUCUGAUUAUGAACCCAGAUAGAGCAUCUCUUCUACAAGAAUUCCAUGAGUAGUAUGGGCUAUCCGAAUAUACUCAUCCAUCAGACAGUGUUUUGUUCUCCGCAUCUUCCAGAUGACACAAAAAUCCUUACUCCGAAGUUUCUCAACGCCACUUCAUCUGUGCUUGAGGCAGUCUUCUUGCAGAAGGUUGGAAAUGGCAUUCACAAAUCUACCACACUCUGUUACCGUUAUUUGCCAAAUUAUUGAUUCUCCUUAGGUAAGUAUCUUCUAAAACUAGUCCCUUUUCUCAAAGCACCAGUUUUGGAUACCUCUCAUUGUUUGAUUCCUUUAUGGAAUUUUCUAGAUGAGACUGAGGCAAAAACCUCAAGAAAGACAGUUCAAGUCUUCAAGACAACAAAAUUCUGAAAUCUGGUUUUAACAGGUUAGAUGGCAAUAGAAAGAACGUUGUGAAUUCAGAUGUCUGAUUAUUCUCACUAGUCUUUAUUAGGUCAGACAUGUAAAUACGAGGUCUCUGAUAUAAGUGAAGUAAGCUGCAAAUUCAAAGAGAGUAGCACUCGGGGGAAAUAUCUAUUUUUACCUGCAUGUUAAUCCCAUCAAUUGUGAUAUGAAAAUGUAUUGCCUUUAACAUCAUCACUCAUUUUUAUCCUAUGCAAAGGGAAAAUAUAAAGCGUUUGAUGUUGUUCUUUA